AAAACCUCAGUUGUACGGACAGUACCGUCGAAGCUUGAAAGUAGAAAAGCCUGCCGACAUCGCUGGUAGAACUGAGCGGGGAAAGCUUCACCGGUAAAGAAAUCUCAACUAAGCUGAAUCUCCAACUUUCACUUGAUGUUUGUAAACAGUCACUUAGUUCUCUUCUGUUUUGAUCAGUGAAACUCGGAAUUUCGAAUUCUCUGUCCGUAAGAGCUUCUUUCGGCUUGAUGUUCUAGCUGCAAUUUUGAAUGUCUGUAAUUUUCAUUUAAUUCGUCUGCAAUGGAGAAGUUCCUGAGAAAAUGUCUUCUCAAAAUGUUGUUGAUGUUGUUCUCAAAAUGAUGAUAUAUGACUGCUUGAAGUGGAUAUGAUUUUUAGUCAAUUCUGUUCCCCAGUGUGUUCAAGUUAUUUGAUUGUUUUAUAGAGAUUGGUCAAUUCCCAAGGUUUCUUGUCUUCUAUGGCUUCUAUUCAUAUUUGUACAAACUUGUUUCAUGGUAUCAAAAUUCAGUGGCUGCUUAUUAUAAUGAGCAUCAUAAUUCCAAUUCUCAUUGUUUCCCAGUGCUACGUUUAUCCUUAUGCAAAAACAUCUUUCCUACCACUUGAUGUUAAGAGCUCAAACAUUAUGAGUCUUCAAAAUGUCACUAGUUUGAACCAUUCUGAAAUCACUGGAUUCAAACAAGUUCAUUUCACAGAUGCUAUCAUUCGUGUCAAAAAUAAGAAGGAAAGCAAUGAUUAUGUUGCUGAAAAGAAGGUUGAAAGAGGAUUUGGUUUGACGUCAGAUGGUGCUAAUAACAUGUUAUAUGAGAAGGGUGCAACAUUUGAAGAGGGUUUGGUAAUGCCAAAUGGUAAUUCUACAGUUGUUAAUGAUGUUAGGAGUGGGAGUGUGGAGUUUGGUUACAAUCCCCUCAAGAAGGAAGUAAUUUUAGACAACAGUUAUAAGAGAGUUGCUGGAGGUAAAGACAGCAACAAAUUAAAUAUGAGUGAAAUCAGAAACAAUCUUUCAAUUGUCUCAAACCAAUCCCAAGAAUUGAUUGUUGAUCCAAGAAAGUCUGACUUGUCUUCUGCUCAAAAUAUAUCUUCCGUUCCAGAAGACCAUUUCAAUAAAACUGAGGAAAUAAUUAAAAAGGAUAUAAGGACUGAACAAGGGAAGAAUGUUUCCAUUACCUUGGAUGGACUUGCACAGUAUGACAUAUCAAUUUUGAAGAGUCUUGAGAUGCCAUCAAUAUCGAUAUCUCAAAUGAAUGCAUUGUUGUCUCAAAGUCAUAAUUCUUCUUGUUUGAAGAAGCUACAGUGUCAUUGGUCUUCCCCACGUGAUCGUGAGCUUCUACAUGCGAGACUGGAGAUUGAGAAAGCCACUGCUAUUAUGAACAGCCCAGGAAUUGCUGCUUCUGUUUUUCGAAAUGUUUCUAUGUUCAAGAGGAGUUAUGACUUGAUGGAAAAACUGCUUAAAGUUUAUAUCUACAAGGAAGGAGAAAAGCCUAUUUUCCACCAACCUCGAAUGAGAGGGAUAUAUGCCUCAGAAGGAUGGUUUAUGAAAUUGAUAAAGGAGAAUAAAAAAUUUGUUACGCGGGAUCCCAAGAAGGCUCACUUGUUCUAUUUACCUUUCAGUUCACAGUUACUAAGGAGUGCAUUUUCUGAACAAAAUUCCAAGAAUCGAAACAACCUAGAGGAACAUCUGGGUAACUAUGUUGACUUAAUUAGGAACAAACACCAAUUCUGGAACAGAACUGGAGGUGCCGAUCAUUUUCUUGUUGCUUGUCACGACUGGGCCACCAAACUCACAAGAAACCAUAUGAAGAACUGCAUCAGAGCUCUCUGCAAUGCAAAUGCUGCUAGAGGCUUUCAAAUUGGCAAGGACACUAGCUUACCAGUUACAAAUAUACAUUUGACGAAGGACCCUGAUAUAACUACUGGAGCAAAACCUCCUUCAGAAAGAACUACAUUGGCUUUCUUCGCUGGGGGUAUGCACGGCUAUCUUAGACCAAUAUUGCUUCAUUUUUGGGGAAAUAGGGAACCUGACAUGAAGAUUUUCGGCCCAAUGCCACGUGAUGUUGAAGGGAAAAGAGCCUACAGGGAGUUCAUGAAGAAUAGUAAAUAUUGCAUAUGUGCAAGGGGAUAUGAAGUUCAUACUCCUAGAGUGGUUGAGGCCAUUCUCAACGCAUGUGUUCCAGUCUUCAUAUCAGAUAAUUAUGUGCCUCCUUUCUUUGAGGUUUUGAACUGGGAAUCAUUUUCUGUAUUUGUUCAAGAGAAAGAGAUCUCUAAUUUGAGAAAUAUUCUGCUCUCAGUUCCUGAGAAGGACUACCUUAGCAUGCAUGCAAGACUGAAAAUGGUGCAAAAGCAUUUCAUUUGGCACAAAAUUCCAGUGAAGUAUGACUUGUUUCAUAUGAUCCUUCACUCAGUAUGGUAUAAUCGAGUUUUUCAGAUGAAAACCACAUGAUUCAUAGCAUCAGAUUCGGGUAUCGGAAAGCCACAUAAAUAGCUAUGAAUAAGAAAACUGUGAAGUGAAAGGGGAGGCAAAGGACGUGGUGCAAGUAUGCCGAGCUUCCAUAACAUCAUACACCUUCCUGAUAGAAUGAAGCUUGGCUUGAAUCUCUUCGUUCAGAUUGUGGUUAGAGCAGAAGGUAGGCGCAACAACUUUUGGUCGAGGAACAUCAAAGUCCUCAUUUUCUUAAGCAAUACGUUUCCACUGCCCCCUACAAGAAGUUAGAAUCGUCAAGCUCAGGACUAUGGCUCAUCGAAGCUGUUAUUAUGCGUUAUCAUGUGCAAUCCAACUGCUGCAGCUUGGUAGACAAAACACAAUAAUUCAACAACUGGUGCAACUUUUUCAGUUUUUUCAUCAUAAUUCAGCUUUAUAUUUUCUUUAUCCUUUCUAAGAAUUAGACUGGAAUAUGAACUAUAAUUGUAAUAACCGGACCUGGUUGCCUUCUUCCGAGUCUUUUAUGCCUUUUAAUACCAUUUCUUGCUUAUUUUACUUCGUUA